AUGCGACGCCGCGCGCGCGAGUCGACGCGCGGUGCGUUCGCGUGCGUUCUGUUCGCGCUGCUCGCCGCGGUGUGCGCGCGCGCGAGCGAUUACUACGCCGCGCUCGGCGUGUCGCGCGGCGCGGAGGAGUCCCAGAUCAAGCGCGCGUACCGAAAGCUCGCGCUGAAGUACCACCCGGAUAAGAACCCGAACGACGAGCGCGCGAAGAAAAAGUUCACGGAAAUCUCGCAGGCGUACGAGGUGCUGAGCGAUAAGGAGAAGCGGUCGAUAUACGAUCGGUACGGCGAGGACGGGGUGAAGCAACACGAACAGAGCGGCGGACGAGGCGGCGGCGGGGCGCAAGAUAUCUUUAGUCAGUUCUUCGGCGGCGGUGGACCGUUCGGAGGAUUCGGGGGAUUCGGAGGAGAACAGGAAGAACCGGAAACGCCGAAAGGGACGACGAUUAAGGUUGAUUUGGGGAUGACGGUGAAGGAAAUUUAUCUCGGGGCGACGGCGCCGGUGACGCGGGAAAAGUUGGUGACGAAGAGCGCGAGAGGGACGAGGAAGUGUAACUGCCGACAGAAGCUCGUGACGCGACAAGUCGGACCGGGGAUGUAUCAGCAGUACACCGAGCAAACGUGCGAGGAUUGCCCGAACGUUAAAUUGGUGCGCGAGCGCGCGGAUCUAAAAGUCGAGGUCGAUGCGGGCGCCCCCGUCGGGCACGAAAUUCUAUUUUUUGAAGAAGGCGACGCGAUGAUCGAUGGCGACCCCGGAGAUUUGCUCUUCGUCGUGCAAACUUUGGAGGAUAAAGAGAACAGGAUCACGCGCGUCGGUAAGAGCGAUUUGCACAUGACGUACGAAAUUACCCUCGUCGAGGCGCUCAACGGAUUUUCUAAAAUCUUCAAGCACUACGACGGCCACGACGUCGUCAUCGCUCGAACCGGGGUGACGGUACCUUUCGACAAAAUGACGCUCAAGGGCGAAGGCUUGCCGAAGCACAAUCAAUUCAAAAAGUUCGGUGACAUGUUCAUCACGUUUCAAGUCCAGUUCCCGGCGUCGUUGGACCAGAAGCAACGCGACGUCGUCUCGAAGACGUUCGCCUCGUCGAAAUUUGUCGAGGUCGGCAAAGUGGUCGUAUAA